UUAAUGAAUGUAUGAUUCUGAUGUGGCAUUGCUUAAAAAUUGCCACUAUUAAAAACUAGCCUUAGGAAUGUGUUACAAUCGUGUAAUUUAUGAUAUGAUAUGAUUCUGAUGUGGCAUUACUUAAAAAUUGCCACUUGUAAAAACUAGCCUUAGGAAUGUGUUACAAUUGUGUAAUGUAAAGAUAAAGAUUGAUUUUGGUCAAUUAGGGCUACGGCUGUGUAGUUGUUGGUUUUUUUUACUAAUAUUUUUUAUGGAUAACAUGAUUUUAUCCAUUGUGUUCAUUUGUAGGUAGGGGAUUGGAUGACAAUGAUACUCAAUAUGAUGAGACUCACACAAUCUUUAUUUUUUACCGCGGACUGGAUUACCAAUAUGGAGUGGAUUAUAGAGCAACUGGUGUAUUCCCUGAUCAUGUUUCUCUACCAUUUCCUUCCGACCUUUUGCCCGAGAGGGUAUUUAUUGCCUUCUGUUUUUGGUUUCAUUGUUUAUUUACCGGUGAAUUUGAUUCACAGACAAGUGUUAUUGCCUUCCGACCUUUUAAGAGUUUUUGUUGUUAUUGAUGUCCUACUGAACUUAUCAUAUAAAUGGCAAAUGCAUUCAGUGUUGGCAAAUGCAUUCAGUGUUGGCAAAUAUUCUGGUCCAGUAGUAACAAAUGCAAACUCUGUCACCACCCCUGUAUCUGUUGUAAGUUUUCUAGAACUCUUUUGAGCAUUAUUGUUAUCCUUGCGUGCUGUUUUAGGGGCGGGGGGGCAUGAGAUUUGAUAAGAGUGAGGUUGAAUAUGUUGCAAAGCUGUAUUUGCUGUAGAAUGAGAUUUGAUUUGAGUGGUUUGAAUAUGUUGAGUAGGUGCAGGAAGGGAUACCACCACAGAUGUUCAAGGCUGUAGUUGCAGACGGCCAUUCAGAGUUUUCAUCUACGCGACAACAGAUAUUUUGCCGUAUAAUACUUGCUUUUGGUUUUUGAUAAGCUGUGUAGUACCUACUUGGUUGCAAUUUUGACAACCGGUAUUUACAUUGUUAUACUUAGAGGCAUCUUUUCUUCACUAUUCUCUAACCGCUUGAUUGCAAUUUAAUGUUAGGAUGCUGCCGAAUAUUUACUUCAUUUUUUCAACAAAGUGAACCGAGAGAGCUAUGGCGGUUACGCUGAUCCUGUAUCUGGAUCUAAGUUUGGUGUUGAACACCGAAUCGUGUGUUCAUCUGGAAAAGUUGCGUACAAUAGAAGCUAUGACUACAUUCUUUCUCUGAAUAUCCCAUUGCAUGAAGCAGUAAUGCCCGAUGAUGAGUUUGCACUUCCAAGGGUACGUUUAGAAUUGCCUUGCAAAUUUCUCAGCUCCUGUGGAAGUGCAUGAUUUUUACAACACCGCUUUGCAGACUAAGACAACCGCGAUGAAAUCAGUUAGCCUGACGUCCUUCCCUGCUUACUUGGUGUUGCACAUGCAAAGAUAUGUUAUGGAACAGGGUGUACUGAAAAAGCUUGAUGUAUCAGUUGCUGUUCCUAAGAUCUUAGAUAUCAGUGGUAUGCGCAGCAAGGGUCGUCAACCUGGGGAAGAGCUCUAUUCAGAUACACAUGUGACCGAUGAAUAUCUCCCUGAUGGAAAAGGAAGAUAUCAACUACUGGGAUUUGUCAGUCACGUUGGAUCAUCAAUGGAUACUGGUCACUAUAUUGCAUAUGUCCGUAAACUUGAUAGAUGGGUUCUUUUCGACGACAACAUUGUUGGUGCUGUCCAUCGUCCUCCCAAGGACAUGGGCUAUCUUUACUUUUUCGAGAGGCUUGAUGAUUGACUUGGAUUGUGUCAUAUUUGAAUUUGUAAAGAGGCAAUUAACAA